GGGAUCGGUAUUUUUCUGUUUAUCAAUCAACACAUACAUGCAUUCAUUACUAUCAAGCACAUGGCUGGGCUGUCCCCAUUGGUUCUCUGUCCCUCUGUCUGAAGGUAUUUACACGAGCGCUUCAGCCAAGUGCAGGGGGAGGUGAGCCUCCUGAAGACCCACGUCGUGAAGUACAAGAGCUGAAGGCCGACGGUGGUGGCGGUGGUCCUCCGGGGUGGUGGUGGUGAUCCCUUGUGUGCGUGUGCUUUGUUUUAGAUUUUAUUCGUUUGGACUUCAAGUUUUUGCUGUGUGUGUGAGGUGCCCUUGUUUCUUUCGCCGGUACUCCUCCAGCCGGUAAGCCUCAGCUUGUACCCACUUCCUCUCCCAGCCGGUAAGCCUCAGCUUGUACCCACUUCCUUCCCCAGUUGGGCUGACUUCUCUUUUUCAUCUUUUUGUGCCAAACCGUGUUCAUUAUAAUAAAAUGCUUUGUUAUUUUUGAACUCUGUCUCCCGCCCUCUCUGAUUGAACGAACCUGAGUGUCUUAUCGUCAGAGGUGACAAUCAUAAUCGCAAUCAUAGUGUAUAAGUCCUUGGGCCCUAACCCAAGGUGGCGUUGUCGGUAACAUAGAGAAGAUACUCUGACAUAAAAUAGUAAAGCCUCCUCGUGUCGCCACACAUGUAACAUUACACUUCCCCUUUAAGGAGGAGCUCACAGAGCAACGAAACCUGUCGUCGAGAAAAAAGCUCCUUGUUGGUGAAACUGAGGUUCACUAACUUUACUUUAGACUGAGCUGAGGUUCACUUUCCUUUGCUCUGUUGUUUUCUCAUUAGAAUUAAUUAAACUUUGAUACGUUGUUUCAUCAGAUUAAACAAAACGUUGAAUAUUUUCUCGCUCUCGUCUUGAUUUAACCGAAGUUCCCCAUGAUGACAAUGGUAUUGUGAACAGAAGACAUGGAUUUUAUGGGGUUGAGAGUUGUCCCACAAGAGGCUCUCAUCAUAAAGGAAUCACACCCAAUAAUUCAAUGUAUAAUCAGCAACAAACUCGAUAAGCUCAAACUAUUGCUUAAGAAACAUGACAUUAAUGGACUUUACCCAUGCAAGGAGCUAAACGAUGUGGUAUCCCCUUUGAUUGCUGCUGUUGCAUUUCAAAAGGAGGACAUUUUUUCUGUUCUUGUAAAUGAAGCUGCAGACCCAAACACAUGUUCACAAAAUUUUUGGAACAUGCCGGAUUAAUGCACCCCUCCCAGCCAAUCAGAAUCGAGCAUUCUUAAAUGAAGUAGAAUAAACACUCUUAUCUUGACUGAAGUAACGCUAGGUAGCUUCAAUGACGAGGCAGCAUAAAGUCUGUUGUCAAUGUGCACUUGUACGUCCAUUUAUUGAAAGUGUAGCAUUCCCUUGUAUCCAAGUUGUUUCGGAUAGUGUGAAACUGUAAAUAAACCAAUGCAAAAAUGACUAUGAAAUAAAAUAAAUAGAUAUUAUGAAACACAAGCAUAAAUAAUUCCUAUAAACAUUGAUGAAUUAAUGUAUCACAAACAAAGCUCCUCCAAGGCUUCCACGGGCAGAUGGAGCCAAACGAAAAGAGGUAUCUUGAACUUAGCUGGCCUUACAGGGACAUGGCUGUUUACCUCUUAACUAAUCAAUAAACUAACAACAUGGGACUUUAAACAACCAAUAAGAACGCAAACAUCUAAAUUCACAGGAUUGGGCUGCAUUCUACGUGGUGGCCUGCUGGAGUCUCCAGAACCCCUUUAACACAAUGCAUGUAACAUUACAUUUCCCCUCUAAGGAGGAGCUCACAGAGAAACGAAACCUGUCGUCGAGAAAAUGGUUCCUUGUUGGUGAAACUGAGGUUCACUAACUUUACUUUAGACUUAGCUGAGGUUCACUUUCCUUUGCUCUGCUGUUUUCUCAUUAGAAUUAAUUAAACUUUGAUACGUUGUUUCAUCAGAAACGUUGAAUGUUUUCUCGGUCUCGUCUUGAACCAUUUAACCGAAGUUCCCCAUGAUGACAAUGGUAUUGUGAACAGAAGACAUGGAUUUUAUGGGGUUGCAAGUUGUCCCACAAGAGGCUCUCAUCAUAAAGGAAUCACACCCAAUAAUUCAAUGUAUAAUCAGCAACAAACUCGAUAAGCUCAAACUAUUGCUUAAGAAACAUGACAUUAAUGGACUUUACCCAUGCAAGGAGCUAAACGAUGUGGUAUCCCCUUUGAUUGCUGCUGUUGCAUUUCAAAAGGAGGACAUUUUUUCUGUUCUUGUAAAUGAAGCUGCAGACCCAAACACAUGUUCACAAAAUUUUUGGAACAUGCCGGAUUAAUGCACCCCUCCCAGCCAAUCAGAAUCGAGCAUUCUUAAAUGAAGUAGAAUAAACACUCUUAUCUUGACUGAAGUAACGCUAGGUAGCUUCAAUGACGAGGCAGCAUAAAGUCUGUUGUCAAUGUGCACUUGUACGUCCAUUUAUUGAAAGUGUAGCAUUCCCUUGUGUCCAAGUUGUUUCGGAUAGUGUGAAACUGUAAAUAAACCAAUGCAAAAAUGACUAUGAAAUAAAAUAAAUAGAUAUUAUGAAACACAAGCAUAAAUAAUUCCUAUAAACAUUGAUGAAUUAAUGUAUCACAAACAAAGCUCCUCCAAGGCUUCCACGGGCAGAUGGAGCCAAACGAAAAGAGGUAUCUUGAACUUAGCUGGCCUUACAGGGACAUGGCUGUUUACCUCUUAACUAAUCAAUAAACUAACAACAUGGGACUUUAAACAACCAAUAAGAACGCAAACAUCUAAAUUCACAGGAUUGGGCUGCAUUCUACGUGGUGGCCUGCUGGAGUCUCCAGAACCCCUUUAACACAAUGCAUGUAACAUUACAUUUCCCCUCUAAGGAGGAGCUCACAGAGAAACGAAACCUGUCGUCGAGAAAAAGGUUCCUUGUUGGUGAAACUGAGGUUCACUAACUUUACUUUAGACUUAGCUGAGGUUCACUUUCCUUUGCUCUGCUGUUUUCUCAUUAGAAUUAAUUAAACUUUGAUACGUUGUUUCAUCAGAAACGUUGAAUGUUUUCUCGGUCUCGUCUUGAACCAUUUAACCGAAGUUCCCCAUGAUGACAAUGGUAUUGUGAACAGAAGACAUGGAUUUUAUGGGGUUGCCAUUUAUCCAAAAAGAGGCAGUCAACAUAUAUGAAACACACUCAAUAAUUCAAUGUAUAAUCAGCAACAAACUCGAUAAGCUCAAACUAUUGCUUAAGAAACAUGACAUUAAUGGACUUUACCCAUGCGAGGAGCUAAACGAUGUGGUAUCCCCUUUGAUUGCUGCUGUUGCAUUUCAAAAGGAGGAAUUUUUUUCUGUUCUUGUAAAUGAAGCUGCAGACCCAAACACAUUUUCACAAAAUUUUUGGACACCUUUGCAUUAUGCUUCAUUAUUCAAAGUUCCAAUUCAUUUCGUGCAUAAAUUGCUGGUAGCAAAAGCUGAUCCAAAUGGAAAAAGUAAUAAUCAGAUUAAUUUGAGCAUGACCCCACUGCAAACCGCUGCCUUCUAUGACAGACAUGAUAUUGCAAAAGCAUUAAUUGGUGCAGGUGCAAUUGUUGUAAUGUGUGCUUUCACAUUCCCUCUACAAGAUGCUUACAAUGACAAGUUCUGUAAAAUGGUACAUCGCUUAGCAUCAAAUGGUUUCCUAAUCUGUUCAGAAAUUAGGCAUUUUGUUGAUCUGGACAUUGCAGUCGGGCGAAAGAGUCCAGAAGAGGUUUUCCAGUUGUUUGAUCAUGUUAUGCUGCUUAGGCAUCCUCAGACACAUUAUAUUAUUCUUGAUGUAAUGUUAAGUGUCGCUGGGCCAAAGCAGGAAGAAUACCAUAGUAAAAGUAUCCAAUGGCUGAGGGAAAACGAUAAGAUAAACCAAUACAUUGAGGAGGCUGUCAAACACUUUCCAAACCUUCCAAAAGAAUAUCAGCCUUUGGUUGUUGAGAAUCUACAUUCAGUAUUUUGCACUUUGACAGAGAUACCAAUUAACAUAUCACUGGCUUUCACCCCUAUAUUACUUGAGCUGCUUUCCACAAAAGUGUUGUUUCCAGAGGAACCAAACUUUGUUGUGCUUACACUCUAUGUGAUAGCACAAAAAACCAAAGUGAAAGAUGACUGGGAUUGGCAUUUCAUUAAGAAUUUAGGCUCAGGAAUUUCCGACUUUUUAAUCAAUAAUCAUUCAGCAACUGCAAUGUAUGCCUAUGGUAUUUUGGCAAACCUUCUUUCAACUGAACACGCCAACCGAAUGUUUACAACGAUUGGGUUAACUUCUGUGCCUGAAGGGAUUCUUACAUUUGCAGAAAGGAGGAUGGAUGACGUUCUCAAAAAAGGUUUAAGGCACCUGCACAAAUAUUUAGUCCACCCAAGCCCAGUAUUACAAGAUUCCAUAUCAGCUGAUGAAGAGCUUUUGGCACCCAAGAAAAAGAAGAAAAAUAAGAAGAAGAAAAAAAACAAAACGCAGCAGAACGAUGAACUGCACAACGCUUCAAGUGACCUCUCCACAGCUUCUGUCCAGGAAUCUGUUGCGAAUGAUCUCCAACCUGGCAACACCACAUUUAGAAAAGAGCAGAAGUGGUUAAAAAGAAGUGUGAGAUGGAGAGAGAAAUUAGAGAAGCUCUCAAAAAGUGAGGAAAUCAUCAAAGUUGGGAGCAUAUUGUUUGUGAAUGAUGAAGAAUACCGCAUAGCGACGGGGAGCGAUGGAACUGAGGUCUUCCUUGGCCUCAGAGAGGAUGGCACUGAGGUGGCAGUGAAGAGAAUGUCUAAAACGAAUGAUAAUGUGCUGAAGAACGAGGAAUCAUUCCUAAGACUUCCAGAGCUUGAACAUGAAAAUAUUGUGAGAUACAUGGACUACGCCAAAGACAGUAACUUUGGUUACCUUGCACUUCAACUGUGUGAGUUCACCCUGGAGGAAUUCCUAAGACCUGAUUUGACAGAAAAACAGAAGAGAAAUCUUGUUACGGACGUUUUAUCUAGCUUGAGUGUGCUGCAUGGUCAGACUCCUCAAAUCCUCCAUCGGGAUAUUAAACCACAGAAUGUCUUGAUAGAUGUUCACCGCAAGGCACGUUUGGCUGAUUUUGGCAUCAGCAGAACAUUGCCCAAAGGGCAGACUUCCCGGCACACAAAAAAAGCUGGAACAAAGAGCUGGAUGGCAAGAGAGAAUAUAGAUGAAGAUGUUGAUGUACCAUGCAAGAUGAGCGCUGACAUACAGGUGGCAGGGAUGUUGACAUACUAUAUCUUAUCUGGAGGACAUCAUCCUUUUGGCAGAGGCUGUAGAUGUGAGAGCAACAUUCUUGAUGGUUUGUACAGUCUUGACCAUGUUCAGGAUUUGAUCGCAAAGGAUCUUGUGAAGUGGAUGAUCAACAAAAAUCCAAUAGAAAGGCCUACAGUGCAGCAAUGCCUGGCCCAUCCCUUCUUCUGGUCGACUUCCAGAAAAAUAGAUUACCUAAAAAGUAUCGGCAAUGAAGAGGAGGUGAGAAACUACAAAGCGACGGACAAACGCCUCCUGGAUGAACUGGAUCGGGAUGUAGGGGAGGCAAGCUGGAAGGACUGGAAACAAAAGUUUCCCCCGGAGUUGGUGCAGAAGAUGGACGGCAAAGGGAAGUAUUCUGAGAACACUGCAGGAUUAAUUCGCUUCAUACGCAACCUCCUUGAACACUACCCUGAGGACGCAGAGCACAUUGAUUUGAUGGCCACAUUUCCUGAUCUCUUCGGAGGUGUCUACGUUUUUGCCAAAAACAAAGGUUGGAACAGCAGGGUCAGCCUGAGAAGGAUGUUUCAACGUCACAUCCGGUGGUGCGAUGAACACACUCAGCCUGGAGGACCGGGCUCCAGGCUUCUCUGUGCCUGUCCAGGAGUCAGGAGGACCCCCCCAUUCAGUCACCGUCAUACCAUGAAUGUCAGUGUGAAUGGGGUGGGAGGACGCUGUGAAACAUGGAUACGCUACUGCUGAGCUUCGGCCUCACUAUAACCGCUAAGGGAAAUGGCGCCAUCACGUGUAAAGAUCAGGAAAUGCAGAGCCAGAGCGGCAUUUCAGCGGUCCGUUUUUUGUACACUUUGGUUUUAUUCCUCCUAUCAUAACGUGUGAAAUUGUUUUGCAUUCUUGCAAUUGCAUAUCAAUAAAAAAAACCACACUUCUGGAGUAGGCUUAUGCGUCAAAUGUUCAAUUAAAGUCAUGUGUUUUUUAGAAAACUAAAAGUAGAUAUGGGGAAUUAGUUAUGUUGGAUAUGAAUUCAUUGUGUUCUUUGUAUUCAUUAUAAUACAUUCAGGAUUCAGUAUUCUGAUCCAUCUCUGCCGAGGUUUUACUGUUAUAUUUGUGGAUAAACCUGAAACUUGUUUUAAUAAAUGAAAAUAUUUCAUUAAAAUUCUGUGUGAAUAUAUAUAAAAAUAAAUAAAACUCACCUGCUAAACAA